AGAUUUUCAUAAUUCAUUUGCACAUGGCUUCUAUGAGCAAUGCUUCAGUAGUUCUCUUUCUAGCACUCCACUAUCUCUUCUUUGUCAUGGUUAGCGGUUGUGCAACAUACACUAGCCUUACCCCGAAACAAAGCCCAAACUCAAACCCCACUGCAACUCCAAUACCAACUCCAACUCCAACUCCAACUCCAACUCUAACCAGGGCUACCAGCUGCCCUAGAGACGCCUUGAAACUAGGAGUGUGUGCCAAACUGUUGGGGGGUUUGGUGAAUGCUGAGGUGGGUUCACCACCAGUAAAGCCAUGUUGCUCUCUUAUCCAAGGCCUUGCCGACCUUGAGGCUGCUGCCUGCCUUUGCACAGCUAUCAAAGCUAACGUUUUGGGGAUAAAUAUCAAUGUGCCUGUCUCUUUUAGCUUGCUUCUCGGUGUAUGUGGCAACCAAGUCUCGGGUAGCUUCCAAUGUGGGUAGUGAAACGUGCGUGCAUGGUUCUUAUAU